AUAGGCCUAUCAAGGAUCAUGGAGAAAGUAAUCAAAGACCAAAUGUCAGACUACUUUCUAAAACAUAAACUCAUCAACCUGUCACAACACGGAUUCCUCAAGAAAAGAUCUUGCGUCACUUGCCAUAUAGACUUUUUCAACGAAGUCACCUAUAGAAGAGAUAGGAGAGAGCUAGUGAUUAUCCUCUAUUUCGAUAUAAGGAAAGCCUUCGACAGAGUCCCACAUAGUCUGUUAGUCGGUAGGCUAUGCUCACUAGGGAUACGCAACCCCCUCUACAAUUGGAUAAAAUCAUUUCUGUAUGACAGGAAUCAGACAACUAAAGUUGGCUCAAUGACCUCCAGACCUAGACCAAUCAGCAGUGGUGUCAUCCAGGGGAGUGUAUUGGGACCCCUUCUUUUCAUUAUAUACAUAAACAGUAUAUGUGAAUGUUUUAGUAUAGGCAAGCCAAUACUGUAUGCAGAUGACUUGAAGGUGACAUAUACCUGCACAAAUACAGAUAUCGGCCCAACUAUGAACUCCAUACAUGAAGAAUUAGCAAAAAUGGAUAGAUGGUGUGACACGUGGAGACUUGAGUUUAAUGUUGAAAAGUGUGGAUGGCUCUGCAUAGGCUGUUCCAACCUUGACCUCAACCUAGCAAUUCAGGGCCACAAAAUCCCCAGACUCAAAUCUGUACUAGACCUAGGACUGAAAUAUUCACACAAUCUAUCAUUUUCAGAGCAUAUCUCGAAUCAAGUGUCGAAAUCACGAAGGCUUAUUGGUUUCCUACUCAGGAACUUCUACAGAAACGAGUCCAGAAUACUACUGUACAAGGUAUGUGUGCGCCCACUCCUAGAUUACUGCUCAUUCAUAUUCAGCAGUACACGCAUAGAAGACAAACUGAAAGUAGAAGGAGUACAGAGGUACUUCACGCGAAAAGUACUCGGAACCGAUAACGGCACAAACUACUCUACCAGAUGUGAAAUCCUGGGACUAGAAACAUUAUGGUUAAGGCGACUGCGACUAAAUCUGUUACUCUUCUAUAAGCUUCUUAACCAAAUAGUGUAUACCCCUGCUAACUAUACUCGGUCCUCAGGUAACACAGGAUACAACCUUAGGCACACUAAAGGUACAGUGGCUAUAGAACCAUGUAAAACAGCCACCAGGCAAAAGUUUUUCUUGAUUAGGUAUGCCCAAAUAUGGAACAAACUACCUGAGAAAAUACGACUAGCAAGCACAUUGGCCUCCUUUGAAAAGGCACUUAAUGACACACUAAGUGAGUUUGUAAUUGAUACCAAUGGUAAUUCCCAUGUAAGAGUUUCAGAAAUCAUAGGCCCAUUUAAUGUAUGAACUCAGAGACUACACCUGUUGUUUGUUUUGUCUCUAUUUAUAAUUCCAGACAAAAAAGCAGCAGUCAUGACAAUAACACCCAUUCAACCAAGAGUCGAUCAAACUAUGUCUACCUGAUACAAAGGGCGAACCAUAAUCAACAUACGAAUGAAAUAUGAGAAAACAAGGUAGAAACUUACCGCAACACCACAUGAAAAGAUAAAAGUUACUUGGAUAUCAUUUAUAAUCCACCAACUGGUCUCCUACCCAAAAAGAAUGCGGCGAUGUUUUAUCCAAAAAGGCGAGGAAAUACAUAAACCCACAGCAGCUGUUGUUAACACUCAGUGGGGGUAGGAGCCAACAAAGUAAUCCUUUCAAAGCAUAUGUAUACUUCAAAUGGACACGGAGACUUUGUAGAAUACGUUAUAAUCCAAAUCACUGCCUCUACAGCGCCAAUAAACCUGGAUAUCUAUGAUAUAACGAAAACAUGCUGAAAGCUGCAUCUCAGAUCAAGUUGACUCAUUCCAUGGUAAUGAUCUCCUCCUGCGUGCCUUAUUCGACAUAUUGAAUGGAAUGGUUCGCAGUUAUUCUGGUACUAGAUCGAAAAGAAUAAAAAAUUCACCGGUUGCUGAAUCAAAAGUACUUCUCUGCAUGUUUAACUGUAUUCUAACUGCUAUGAUUAAUUCCAAACCAUUUAUCCCAUAAUCACUCAAAUUCCAGGAACGAUCCAAUUCUACCAUUUAAAGAAGCUGGCGGACACGAUGUAAAUGAGUAUUCAUGAUCUGA